CGCACCACCACCACUACGCCUGUGUCUCUCACUCGCUCGCUCUCGCCGAGCCCAAUCCAAUUGCCCCCGCUUCACCACCGCAACCCGAGCACUUCGUGUCCCACGCACCGCCCGCAGCCGCCGCCGCCAUGCCUACGCCCGAGUCCGAGGCCUUCCUCGCCAAGAAGCCCAAGGUCGCGCCGACGUUUGAGGGCGUCGACUUCGAUGACAACAUUGCCUUCAAGGCCGCGCAGGACGCCAUCAUCCGCGAGCAGUGGGUCAAGUCGAUGAUGGCGCGGCUUGUGCGCGAGGAGAUGGGCAAGUGCUACUACCGCGAGGGCGUCAACCACCUGGAGAAGUGCGGUCACUUGAGAGAGCGCUACUUUGAGCUCCUCAAGGAGUCCAAGAUCAAGGGCUACCUGUUCGAGCAGCAGAACUACCUCGCCAAGCGCGGUUGAGGGAAUCGGCCGCGAGCGAUGCGCUGAGGAGUAUAGAUCGAGGAUCGAGGUCGAGGGGUGGUCCCAAGCACAAAGGGCUUUGGCGGCAGCAGAAUUGGUUGGAUGAAGGAAGCACCGAGCCCUCCUCCCCUUUCCCCGGGCAGCAGAAUGUGUAUAAGGCUCGCCUGUAUAGCAGAUAUGGCAAAAACGAAGACAAAAAAACAAAGCCGGGCGCGCGGCUUUCGCAAAUGCAAGCAUGUGAUUUCGAGACCUACCUAGGC